AUGUUGGGGCAAUACAAGAACGAGGAAGUUAGCAUAACUGUUACAGGCCACAGCUUGGGUUUAGCAUUAGCCACACUAUGCGCUAUUGACAUAGUUGACAACCAAGUCAAUAAGGAGUUCCCAUUGACGGCAUUUGUAUUUGGUUGCCCACGAGUCGGAGAAGAGAAUUUCAAGAAAGCUUAUGAGAAAUUGAAAAAUCUUCAAAUAUUGCGCAUUUGUAAUGCCCCUGAUCAUAUUUUGGAGAUGCCAGACCGCGGACUCGUCAAUGGGUCUGCAAAUGACUGGAGAGUGUAUGAACAAGUUGGCUCUGAACUUUCAAUUGACACUACCAAGUCGAAGUAUUUUAAGAAAGACGUAAAUGGUCAUAUUCUGGAGGUUUAUUUGCAUGGAAUUGCUGGAACGCAAGGACCAAAAGGAGAGUUUAAUUUUGGAGAUAAAUCGGGAAGAACUAUUGUAACGUUUGGUUCUCAGAGAAGAACAUAA